AUACGUGACGUAUUCCAACCCGGAAGCAAACCCACCGUGGUAUAUGGAUAUGACGUAGAAAUCUGUCUGCCGCUGCUUUUUAAAAAAACAAAACAAAACAAAACAUGGAGUCUAUAUUUUGGCCGAUGUUUCUUUUGCAGUUUUUACUGCUGCAAAUGUCAUAUAAUGCUGCCCUUCUGCAAGCUGUCUCUAUUUUAUUGCAAAGGCGCAGGCGCGCGUUCCUGGAGCGCGCGGCCGCGCUCGGGCCCAGUGUGCGUCUUCCUCCGCUCCCGACCAAAAGCCGCUCGUGCUGGAUGCGCGUGCGGAGUCGGGACUGGUGGGAGAGAGUGGUGCUGCGGGAAUUCUCCGACGCAGAAUGGAGAGAGCACUUCAGGAUGUGUCGCAGGUCGUUUGUGAAGCUGUGUGACCUGAUGAAGGAUGUCAUGAGCCCCGGGGAGAUGACCGUGCGUCCCGCGAUCCCGUUAGAAAUGCGCGUGGCGAUAGCGCUGUACAAGCUCGGCGGCUGCGGGGAGUACAGGUCGAUCGCGUACCGCUUUGGCGUGCAUAAGACCACGGUGAUGAAAUUUGUUUACAUGUUCUGUAAAGGCAUGGUAAACCAAGCGAUACGACACUUCAUCAAAGUGCCGAGCCUGCAGGAAGCCUGCGCCAUCGCCGAGCGCUUUGAGAGCAAGUUCUGUGUUCCUCAGGUUAUAGGAUGUGUUGAUGUAACCCACAUCCCGGUUCUGGCGCCCAGUGAUGGCUACAUGAAUUUUCUCAACCGUAAAGGUUGGACAUCUUAUGUGCUGCAAGGCGUCGUUGAUGACACUUAUUGCUUCUGGAGUGCGAGCUGUAAAGUUCCUGGAGGUGCUCAUGAUGCCACUGUGUUUAAGCAAUCCCAGCUGUUCAGCAUGGCGCACCUUCUUCCUAAGCAUACUUGCGACAUUGGUGGAACCCCCGUCAACUUCGUUGUUCUUGGUGACACAGCCUACCCACUCCUGGAAUGGCUCAUGAAGGCGUAUACCCCCAGUCCUAGUCUAACCCCUCAGCAAAAUUCCUUUAACAUCUACCUUAGUGAUGCAAGAGCACCAAUGGAAAUUGCCUUUGGGAGGUUGAAAGCAAGAUGGCGGGUUCUUCUGAAGAGAAGUGACUUCCACUACACCUUUUCACCAUAUGUUGCAAUAACUUGCUGUGCGCUGCACAAUUUCUGCGAGAGGGAAGAGGAAUCUUUCGGUCAAGCCUGGAUGGAAGAGGCUGCUACUUUGGAGAGAGCCGUGCCGCAGCCGACGACACAGUCAUAUACACAAUCGAGUAAAGCCGGUGAAGCUGUAAGGCGGGUCCUCACAGAAUAUGUGGCCAGCAAUUUUCCUCUUCGCAUGCAAGAACAAUAAACACGGUCUGGUUUGUAGAGGACAUUGUGAAUAUUUAUUUAGUUUUAUACUUGGUUUGAUGAAGUUUUCACUUAUUAUCAAAAUGUAGUUUUUUUGGUAAAGCAUUGCUGACUAAUUGCUGCUUUGUAAUAAAGCAUUGCUGACUGAACACUGA